GGCACCCUCUCCAUGGAGUCACCGUGUCCGUGUGCAGUGUGACGAAGCAUCUCAUCUCUGCCACCGGAAACCCUCUUCCUCUCAGCUUCUCCGAAAACCUAUUUCUCAUAACAAAGAUUUUCGCUCAAGCUUUCUUCUCUGCUUCAGAAGAUCCAAUUUUCGAGAGCAAAUUACCGCUGCCUCAUCUUUCCUUCUUUUCUCGGGCAAGACACGGGGGCAGAGGAUAAUAACGUUUCCAUAGCGGAUUUUCUUCUCCGAUAGUAGCAUUUUCUCCCCAAAUCAAAAGGAGCCUACCAACCGUAGAGACGAGAGCUAUUUUCUUUUGUAUGACCGAAGUGGAGUUGUGAUAUUAUUGGUGUUGAAUUUUCCGAAUUGAGUGAAAAAUGGCGGAAAAUUCAUCCUCAUCCCCGAAACCAAUGCAAUCAGGGAACCAAGUAAUGGAAGCGUCGAACACGCAGUUACAAACGGCCGGGGCGGCUGGGACAGUGUCGAAUGCUGGAAUCCCCAUGCCCUCGCCGUCAAAUUCAAUUUUUCACUCGCCUUCUGUUGACCUCCCGCAAAUCCCCAUGACUCCUUCACAACAACAGCCACAGAUGCUUCAGCAACAACAGCAACAAAUGCAGCAGCUGCAGCAGCAGAGUAGUAAUAGCAACAACAAUAACAAUAACAAUUGUAGCAAUAACAACAAUAAUAUGAUGGCGGCUGCCAUGGCCUCUAAUUUUCAGAUGCAGCAAAGCUUGCAGAGAUCGACCUCAAUGUCGAGGUUGAGUCAAGUACAGCAACAGCAGCAGCAGCAGCAGUUUGGUAUGACGAGACAGCAAAUGGCUGCUGGGCUUUACGGGCAGAUGAAUUUUGGUGGUGGCGGUGGUGUACCUCAGCAACAGCAACCACAACAACAGCAGCAGAAUCCCCAACAGCAACAAAUGGGGCAGAUGGUUGGUGGUGGGAAUUUAUCUAGAUCGUCAUUGAUAGGACAGACCGGGCAACUCUCCAUGUUACCUGGACAAAAUGUCAUGGCUGCUGCUGCUGCGACUGCUCAAUUUAAUUUGCAGUCUCAAUUUUUGUCUGCGCCUCGACAGAAGACUGGUUUGGUGCAGGGAUCUCAGCUGCAUCUAGGGAGCUCCCAUGGGCAGCCAUUGCAGGGAAUUCAAGCAAUGGGGAUGAUGGGACCUCUAAAUUUGAGCUCUCAACUUAGAGCCAAUGGAUCCCUUUAUGCCCAGCAAAGGAUGAACCAGGCCCACUUGAGGCAGCAAGUGUCUCAGCAAACUCCGCUCACCUCCAAUCAGACAUUACAGGCACAGAACCUUCAAAGGACGUCAUUUAUGAAUCCUCAGUUAUCUGGAUUGACUCCAAAUGUUCAAUCAGCUAUGAUACAGAACACUUUAGCUCAGCAGCAGUGGUUAAAGCAAAUGCCUUCAUUAUCUUCUUCACCAAAUUCCCCUUCAUUCCGUCUUCAGCAGCAGAGGUUACUUAUUCAGCAGCAAUUAGCUUCAAGUCAACAGUUACAUCAAAAUUCAAUGGCUAUGAACCAACAACAGUUAUCCCAAAUUGUACAGCAGCAACAAAUGGGGCAUCCCCAGAUGCUGCAGCAGCAGCAGCAGCAGGCACCACCAGCACCAACGCAGCAACAGUCGCAGCCAGCAGACCACCAGCAACAACAGCUUGGACAGCAGCUUUUGCAUCAACAGCAGCAGUCUUCUCUGCAUAUGGCUGCCCCCACAUGCCAAAAAUCAAUGAGUUUAACUGGAUCACAACCAGAUGCUACUGCAUCGGGAGCCACUACUCCUGGGGGAAGCCCAAGCCAGGGAACUGAAGCAAGCAACCAACUUCUUGGGAAGAGAAAAAUACAGGAUCUAGUUUCACAGGUGGAUUCUAUGGGUAAGCUUGAUCCUGAUGUUGAAGAUCUUCUUUUAGAGAUUGCUGAUGACUUCAUUGAUUCAAUUACUACAUUCGCUUGCAAUUUGGCGAAGCAUAGAAAAUCAUCAACCCUGGAAUCGAAGGAUGUAUUGUUGCAUCUAGAAAAGAACUUGCACUUGACAAUUCCAGGCUUCUCAAGUGAGGAGAGGAAACAGCAAUCAGAGCAUCCAUCAUCAAAUGAUAUCCACAAAAAGCGCUUGGAUAUGAUACGUUCAUUGAUGGAAGCUUCACGUGCUGAAAUAAGCACAAGUGCAAAUAAUGCUAAGCAGAUGGUUAGACAGGGGAUGGGUGAUCAUAUUGGUCAAAACCACAUGAUAAGAGCUCCAAGUUCGGAGCAGUUGGUUUCACAGGCUAAUGCUUCUAAGAUGUUGCAACAAAUGACAAGGUUUUGAUGCACAUCUUUAUUGGACUCCCUAUUGGGGAACUUGUAGCUCCUUUGUCUUGAAUGGAUGAUUCGCCUACAAAAUUUUCAACAUCAUACCUCUAAUCCAUGUUACAGAUUAUAGUGGCGAAAGCAGCAAUUCUUCAGCUUACCAAAGUGCUAGCAAGUUAGAACACUUGAGCAUGUUUGUGAAGAAGUUGUGUUAGCAAGUUGUGGCAAAUUUCUUAUAGUUUCUGUAAUUUAACAUGUCUUCUGCAAAAUGUUAAAUCUUAGUCAGGUUUUUUAUUUUUUAAAAAUUUAAAUAUUUAGAAAGGUUGUAUAGUGUUUAUAGUCUGCAUCUAAAAAGUCAGUUUGUGACAAUAGCUGUUUGUUUAGUAGCCUAAACCAUAGGGCUUUGGUAAA